AUGGAAACUUGGUUGGAGAAACAGAAAAGAGUAUUCACUGGAUGGUGUAAUAUAUACUUGGGACUUAGAGGACUGCAACUCAAUGAUCUGCAGACAGAGCUCAGCGAUGGUGUACUGCUGGCCAACUUGUUGGAGAUACUAAGUGGCAAGAUUGUGUUGGUGUCCAAGUUGUCCAAGUUCCUAAACAAUCGUGUUCACAAAGCCAACAACAUCAAUCUGAGCCUAAAGUUCAUAACCGACGAGGGUAUCAAACAUGUUGGUUGCUGUGCCGAGGAUCUUGUCGAUGGCAAUCUCAAGGCCAUCCUCACUAUGAUGUGGACUCUGAUCAAGUCCUACCAGAUCCAGACCAUUCCAGCCGUCACGCCCACUGGCAAUGGCACGCCACCACUCAAAGGCAAGCCUGCCACCACCAACGAGCUACUACUCCAAUGGCUCCGCAGUAACCUAUCCGAGUAUCCAAUCAAGAUCAAUGAUUUUAACAACAGCUUCAAGGAUGGAGUGGCAAUGUGCGCACUUGUACACAAGUUGGUUCCAGAGGCGAUUAAGUUUGAGUCACUCAAUCCAGAGGAGCAGUUACAGAACCUGCAAUUGGCAUUUGAUACGGCCAGGUCAGAGUUGAACAUUCCAGCCAUAUUGGAGGCAAAGGAUGUCGUUGAUCAGCCAGAUGAGGCCUGUGUGAUGACUUAUCUGUCACUCUUCCCCAAGAUCUAUCCAAAGUCUGGAGACGCGGCUGACACUCCCAAGAAGUUUGCCGUCUCUAUCAUGCCGUCGCCCAUCAAGACCAUGAAGCUCUUCCCAACAAUGAGCAGUGAUGACCUUACUGGUGGUGUUCCAUUCCAACAAUCACCACUUCCACAAUCCCCUCAGCAAGUGCCACAGGUACAGACACAGCAGGUGCCACAGGUUCAACCUCAGGCACCAACUACACAACUUGAGCAGUCCCCACGUCCGCAGGCUCAGCCACAAGCUGAACCACAGGCGACACAACAACAGGAGGAGGCACCAACUCAGACACAGCCACAGCCACAACCAGACACAAGAGUGACAGAACUUCAGGAGAAGGUCCAGAGUCUGGAGCAAGCGAUUGUAGAGAAAGACAAGCAACAAGCUGAUGAGAGGAACAAGUCAAAGGAGGUGUUGCGUAACUUAUUGGACGAGUUUGAACAACCAGAUCAUGUCUGGAGUGUUGAUGGUGGAGAGGAUGGUGGAAUGCUCGCUCAAAAGAUCAGAACAUGCAUCAAUGCCAACAAGGAAGCACAGGCACAGGAGGAGUUGGACACAGUAUCCAAGUUGAAGGAACAACUUCAACGUGAGUUGGACGAGCGUAUCAACACACAUGCAAACGAUAUCGCCGAGAAGGACAAGCAGCUGGAUGAACUCAAGAGGAAUUCUGAAUCAAUCAACACUGAGCUCCAGAGGUUGCGCGAUGCAAAUGCCUCACAAGACAGCGAUGCGAAUCGUGAGAAGGAUGAGGUACUGAGCGAGAAGAAUAGAAUCCAGACAGAGCUGGAGGCCGCCAAGCAGGACCUAGCACGUCUGAUGGAGCAAGGCCAGUCAACCCAGCAACAGAGUGAUGCCACGACCGAGGAGAGGAACCGCCUGACAGAGGAGUUGGGCCGUGCCAAGGCUGAGCUGGACAAGGUACAGCAGCACGCCGAUCAGUUGUCCAAGCAGCUCGGAGACAAGGAGACCCAGCUGGCCGAGGAGCGAUCACGAUUGGCAGGCGAGCUUCAGAGCACCAGAGAAGAACUGGAGAGGGUCAGGACCGCAGAGCAGUCGCUUGCGACUGUCCAGGAGCAGUUGGAGCAGCAUCGUGCACAGUACACUGACAAAGAGAAGGAGCUGAGCGAUGAGAAGUCUCGCCUUCAGGACGAGGUCGACAAGACCAAGUCGGAGCUGACCAGGUUGCAACAGGUUGAGGCCAGCUUGGCCGCAGCACAAGAGCGUCUCGAUCAACAGACCAAGCUUACUGAGCAACGCGACAUUGCGGCACACGAGGAAAAGACCCGCCUGCAACAAGAGGCUGAGCAAUCCAAGCAAGAGCUGCAGAGACUCAAGGACGUGGAGGCUAGUCUUCAGGCCAGGAUCCAAGAGCACGGUACAAGCAACAAUCAAUCAAACGACGAGUUGGCUGCGGCCAAGGCGGAGUUGGGACGUGUGAUCCAGGCGGAGAACGACCUCAAACAACAGCUUGGCCAACAGACCACCCUCAUCCAGGAGAAGGAUACCGAGCUAGCACGACUCAAGGAGAUUGAGACCAGACUGGCCUCACUACACGAGCAAGUUAACCAACAGAACAAGGAGGUGGCCCUGAAGGAGAUGAUGCUUGUUGACGAGCUCGAAAAGACCAAGCUCGAGCUUAACACAUUGAAGCAACUGGAAGGCCAGUUGAAUCAGGCACACAGCCAACUCGACCAGCAAAGCAAGGAGUAUGUAGACAAGAAUGCCGAGGUGGAGAGCGAGCGCCAGAGGCUUCAGAACGAUGUGGACCGCGCCAAUGAGGAGCUGAAGCUGGUACGCGCAGCAGAGGUCGCACUACAGUCUGCACAUCAACAGGUCACUGAACAGACUGUCCAGCUGUCUGACGAGAAGGUCAAGUUACAGGAGCAGUUGAAGGAGUUGGAAGCCAUCUGUGCCGCUGCCAAUGAGAAGACGGACCACCAUAUCAAACUUUUGGCACAGACCCAGAGCCAGGCCACCGAGGACAAGCAGGGACUGCUGGACGAGGUCAGUCGACUGAGGGAGGUACAAGUACAGUUUGUCAGACUCCAGGAGCAGGCUGGCCAGCAUGAAGCAGUGCUAUCCGAGAAGCAACAACAAAAAAAUAAGGUCAUAGAGGAUAUGGAGCGAAUCAAGGCUGAGGUGUCCCAACUAAAAGGCGACCAACUUGCCAAGGACACUGAGCUCACCUCUGUCAAGAACAACCACAUCAGUGAAGUCGAUCGCCUGAAGCAAGAGCACAGCGCAGAGUUGGACGCACAGUUGUCCAAGCUCAAGACCGAGCUUGGCGCGAUGGUCACAGACAAGGAGUCCAAGUCCGCCACAUUGGAGGCUGAGAAGAAGGCCCUCGAGACUGAGAUCGCCGGACUCAAGGAGGCGAAUGAGAAGUUGGCGCAAACCCAGACUCAAUCACAAACUCAAUCACAGGCACAGUCAAGACUGGAGAAUGAGCUGAGUGUCACCAAGUCCGAGCUGUCAACGCUCAAGAUGAAGAUGGGCCAGAUGGAGUCAGAGUCGGCUGAGAAGAAGAAGCUGAAGGAGAAGCUAUACACCGUGGAGACACAGUGGAACUCACUCAAGUUGACAUUCGAUCAGAUCAAGGAGUUGAUCGACAACCACAAGAAGCUGGAGCGUCAGCAUCAGGAGGAGGUGAGCAAGGUGUCCGAGCUGACGCAUCAGAUCACGCAGCUCAACGCCAAGCUGAGCAAGGGACAGAAGGAGGAGGACGACCGCGUCAAGCAGGCCAAGGACCGCUUCGAGAAGACGACGCAAGACCUCAAGGAUCAGAACCUGGCACUGGAGAAGAAGCUCAAGGAGCUGCAGACCAACUUUGAGGACCGCGCCAAGCGAGCUGAAGGCGAGUUGAGCAAGCUUCAAAAGUCAACCGACGCCUCGGGCUCGAACAGCGUCGACGGCGGCGCCAUGGUCAGCGAAGUGGAUGUGGAGAAGAGACUGAAGGAACAGGAGACCAAGCUCAAGGAGAAGAUCAAUCAGCUUGAGGACCGUCUUGCCAAGCAGGCCAAGAGUGGUUCGGCCGGUGGCAGUGGCGGUGGCGGUGUGCCAACCAACUAUGUAGUGCUAGGUGGAAUCAUUCUACUUGUUCUGGUGAUCAUCUCAAUGAUGUCCAAAUGA